AUGUCUUUAUUGUCGGUAUCGUCGGACGAAACUAGUGUAGUUGUUGCCAUUGACUUUGGCACAACAUUCAGCGGGUUCGCAUUUGCGAACAAGGUCAAACCCGAAGAUUUCGACCUUAAUAACAUCAACCUUAAUACGAUUUGGUAA